AUGGGACCCAAGCCAGUCAUCACCUCUGACUCAGACAUCUCUGACCCUCCCAAGUGGCUGCACUUGUCCCGCUUGUGUUAUCACACUCAUCUCUUUGCCUCAUUCCUGGACUUUGCUGCCAACUACGAGUUAUCUCCAGCACCUGUCCUGAAUGCAGGACUUAAAGAGAGAUCUACUUCAGAGCCAGCAGUCCCACCAGAAGAGGCUGAGCCACACGCUGAGCCCGAGGAACAGGCUCCCAUGGAGGCAGAACCCCAGAAUAUCGAAGAUGAAGCAAAAGAACAAAUUCAGUCUCUUCUCCAUGAAAUGAUGCAUGCAGAACAUGGAGAAGACCUGCAACAAGAAGAAGAUGGACCAGCAGGAGAACCACAACCAGAGGAUGAGGAUUUCCUUACGGUGACUGAUGUCGGCGAUAGAUUUGAGACCCUGGAACCCGAAGUGUUUCAUGAAGAAACUGAGCAUAGUUACCAUGUGGAAGAGACAGUUUCACAAGACUAUAAUCAGGAUAUGGAAGAGAUGAUGUCUGAGCAGGAAAAUCCAGAUUCCAGUGAACCAGUAGUAGAAGAUGAAAGAUUGCACCAUGAUACAGAUGACGCAACAUACCAAAUCUAUGAGGAACAAGUAGUAUAUGAACCUCCAGAAAAUGAAGGUGUAGAAAUCACAGAAGUAACUGUUCCCCCUGAGGAUAAUGCUGUAGAAGAUUCAAAGAUAAUUGUAGAAGAAGUAAGCAUUCCUCCUGUGGAAGAACAACAGGAAGUACCACCAGAAACAAAUAGAAAAACAGAGGAUCCAGAACAAAAAGCAAAAGUUAAGAAAAAGAAGCCUCAACUUUUAAAUAAAUUUGAUAAGACUAUUAAAGCUGAACUUGAUGCUGCAGAAAAACUCCGUAAAAGGGGAAAAAUUGAGGAAGCAGUGAAUGCAUUUAAAGAACUAGUACGCAAAUACCCUCAGAGUCCACGGGCAAGAUAUGGGAAGGCACAGUGUGAGGACGAUUUGGCUGAAAGGAGGAGAAGCAAUGAGGUGCUACGCGCAGCCAUUGAGACGUACCAAGAGGUGGCCAGCCUACCUGAUGUCCCUGAAGACCUGCUGAAGCUGAGUCUGAAGCGUCGCUCAGACAGGCAACAAUUUCUAGGUCAUAUGAGAGGUUCCCUGCUUACCCUACAGAGAUUAGUUCAUCUAUUUCCCAAUGAUACGUCUUUAAAAAAUGACCUUGGCGUGGGAUACCUCUUGAUAGGAGAUAAUGAUAACGCAAAGAAGGUUUACGAAGAGGUGCUGAGUGUGGCACCUAAUGAUGGCUUUGCUAAAGUUCAUUAUGGCUUCAUCCUGAAGGCACAGAACAAGAUUGCUGAGAGCAUCCCGUAUUUAAAGGAAGGAAUAGAAUCCGGGGAUCCUGGCACUGAUGAUGGGAGAUUUUAUUUCCACCUGGGAGAUGCCAUGCAGAGGGUUGGGAACAAAGAGGCAUAUAAGUGGUAUGAGCUUGGGCACAAGAGAGGACACUUUGCGUCUGUCUGGCAGCGCUCACUCUACAAUGUGAACGGACUGAAAGCACAGCCUUGGUGGACCCCAAAAGAAACGGGCUACACCGACUUAGUAAAGUCUUUAGAAAGAAACUGGAAGUUAAUCCGAGAUGAAGGCCUUGCAGUGAUGGAUAAAGCCAAAGGUCUCUUCCUACCUGAGGAUGAAAACCUGAGAGAAAAAGGGGACUGGAGCCAGUUCACACUGUGGCAGCAAGGAAGAAGAAAUGAGAAUGCCUGUAAAGGAGCUCCUAAAACAUGUACCUUACUAGAAAAGUUCCCUGAGACAACAGGAUGCAGACGAGGACAGAUCAAAUAUUCCAUCAUGCACCCUGGGACUCACGUGUGGCCGCACACAGGGCCCACAAACUGCAGGCUCCGAAUGCACCUGGGCUUGGUGAUUCCCAAGGAAGGCUGCAAGAUUCGAUGUGCCAAUGAGACCAAGACCUGGGAGGAAGGCAAGGUACUCAUCUUUGAUGACUCUUUUGAGCAUGAGGUAUGGCAGGACGCCUCAUCUUUCCGGCUGAUAUUCAUUGUGGAUGUGUGGCACCCGGAACUGACACCACAGCAGAGACGCAGCCUUCCCGCAAUUUAGCAGGAAUUCAUGCAAGUUUGGGAUGCUCUGGAGAGAGGCUGCCUUUCUGGUUCCAUCUCCUUGGGUGUAAGGAUAGAAUUUUGAACACUAAGACUCUUAAUUCCCUUGAUUUGCAGCCUGAAUAAUUCUAAGCCUCCUCCUAGGGUUAGAAGACACUAAAGGGAAUAUUUACCUCGCUGCAAUUCAUUUAGAAAACACCCUGCUGGGUGUCAUCCAUUGACAGCGCUGGUCUUCUGCCGGUAUUUAAGGUGAGCAUUUGAUAGCUUCUACCUUACCAGCCAAAGGUAUUUUUCCCACAUAGAAUAGGUCUAAAUCAGUGUAUAAUGAGAAUAUAUGUAGAAACUGUGAAUGGAUUGCUUUAGUUUGUAAUUUUUCUAUGCAGUUAUAUUUUUAUAGUGUAGCUAGGCCAUUUUGUCAUCAUGUACCACUACAUUUUUGUUGAUUUUAAUGACAAGCUGUAUAAAUGCUUUACUUCUAGAUGAUGUUUAAUGGUAGCAUUACUGGGGAACUCAGACUUCCCUCUUUCAAUUCUUCUUAGUAAAAGACACUCAUGAAAAAAGCAGUUUUAUUUUCCUAAUACAAAAAAGAAAGAUGUCAUGGUGCCAGUGUCUAUGAACUGUACCCAUCCUAACUCUCAAGUCAUUUGUUUUUUUUAAAUCUUCAUUCAGAUCCUCCUCUCACUGCACUGGUGAUGGAAAUAUUGUCAAAAUCAUAUUUCUUUCAAAGAGGAACUUUUCACACUGAAAAAAGACCAUGGGAUUAUUUUAUAUUGUUAUAAAAAUCCCACAUGCUAAUUUUUUAAAUGCCAAAUAUUAGAGGUUCUGGGGAAAAGAACAGUUUAUGAAAAUAAAAAUAUGUUAUUUCAGGGUCAAGUGCAUAGGUGACUGAUAGGGAGUCUGGCUCCUGGCUGCUUUGCCAUCCAUGAGGCAUGUCCUUGGGAUUCAGUUUCUUUGCCUAUGGUAGAUCCAUGUGAAUGACAGGAAGCCAGCUCUUCUUGGAGAUGAUUUCCGCCACAAUUCUGUAGCAAUAUUAAGGAUGGCAGAGUAAAAGGUCACCAAGAAUGCCAGGAUCUUUGUCCUGGGUGUAGAAGGUCCAGAUUGCCUUCCUUUUUGUUGAAAAAGUCUUAAAGACUGUCCCAUCUCCCUGGCUUGAGAAACUUCUGCCGUUUUAAACAUCACCGUGAAAUAACAAUUGUUAUCAUCUAUAUUUAGUUUCAACAUUACUCACAACAUAGACAUAACAGUUGAAAAUGGUCUUGCCUAUUCAUUCCAAAGAUGAUCAAGUCAUUAAUUUGGUAAACUAUUAAUGCAUCAGACUUUGUAUUUUUUAAAUCAAAGCUAACUAGAAAUGUUAGAUAUAAGAAUGUAAUGAUAUUCAUGUGCUGAAUUCUAAGCCAAUAUGAACAAGAAUGCUGCAGGAAUGGCACAUAAAUCAACAAAUUUCAAUCAUAGGUAGAAAACACUUGUACUUUCUUUUCCAUCUAAAAACAAAAGUAGACUAUCUUAUUUAAAGAACAGUUCUUUGAAAUUGAAAUUGACCCUUUUUGGUUGACCUUAAGAAUGUUAGCUUCCAGUGGAUGAAUUUGCAAAAUACUUUUCCUGUUCUUCUUCCGUUUUGCUGGUAUUGAUAAACCCCACUGAAUCAGAUGAAGAGGCAUGGGAGGGAAAAUAUCCAAAUUACUAAAAUUGAGAAGAGAAGGCAAACUCUUGAAAAGUAAAUGGUAUUUGUGUCCUUCAGUAUUUAUUGAACAGAGGAAAUAAUUGGCAAGGGCAAUACAAUUCAGUGCUCAUGUAGUAACAUUCGUCUCACUUAUUGAAUUUGGUUCUCAUAUGUAUAUUGCGUACACAUAAAGAAAUUCAAACUAUAAGUCAUCAUCAUUGAGCCAUCAUCUUACAUUCAUGUAAUGAAAUUAUGGAAGAAAGUAAAAACUAGCUCUUAACUUAGUAAAUAUAAUAUGGUAUUUAAAAUCAGGUCACUACAGUAGGCUUCUAAAUAUUGCCAAUUGAAAACUAAAAAUGGUAUUACUGUUGCAAAGUGUUGUCAGUAAUUGGCUCCAAUAGCAUUGUAAAUACUUGGAUCCCACAACUAUUUUAAACCCAAGCAAUAAAGUGGAUUUUCUAAUUCA